UUGAUGGAUACUGGCACCCUAGUUCAGCGUGUGGAGAGUGUUGAGCGUAACAUAGCUUUCCUGAAGCAGGAGCAUCAAGUCCUCCUGACCGACCUCUGUCUGGAGAUUAAUCACCUGAAGAAACGAUGUGAUGAUUUGAACUCUGAGUUGAGCAAAAGGCCUCUUGGAAGAAACAGAGAAGACAUAGCAGCUGAGGAGGAGCUUCUACAGGCUCAGUUACUUCAGACAGAGGCACAUCUGGCUGACCAGGAGUGCUUGCAGGGAGAGCUGAAGGCCAAGCUGAGGAACAAGUGUGAGCAAGGGAGCGCUCUACAGGCACGACUGCGCGACGAAGAGCGAAGAUUUUUGGAGGAGCUGAAACGGCGCAGUCAUAAGAUCACAGCCCGUAGUCGUGACCUUCGUAAACGGACCGACAUCACAGCACAACUGGCAUUCCAGCUACACUCGACACGUUUCCGUUUAUACCAUCAGGCUGAGCAGGAAGAAAAAGAAGAAGAGGAUGAUGAGAGGGAAAGUCAUGAGCCCAGCUGUUCUGCUAGCUCACAUCAUCCAUCAGCUAUCAGAGCAGAAGCCAGACAUUGCAGCCCCUCUUCAGCAAGGAUGAGGAGGAUGGAACGAGCAAGGGAGUGUGUGCCACAGGAACGAGUGCUGGGGCCGGAGGAACCUCGCCCCAUGCCUGACCCAGGUCUCUUCCUAUAUCCCUUUACACAGAGGCUCCUCCCCCUGCACAUAUCACUGCGUGGGCACUAUGGAGAGGGAGGCUUAUCUGAGAGCUCAGGUGGACGGAUGGUUAGACUAUGUGCCCGAACGAUAAGAGAAGAUACUGAACCAGAGACCACAGAACUAUAGAGCUAUAUUGGGAUUAGCAAACUGAUCCAGCUGUUGAACGAACUAACUUAUAUUUUAUUCGAAUAGCUUACUACAAGUCACUUUAGAAGUGUCAGUUGACUAAUAAAAAUAUCAGUGAAUAGUU